CGCUGACUGCUGUGCAGCACAGACACAGACUGGGGGAGAAGCGGCAGGAAGUGGAACAGAGACACCGCUCAACCUCCUCCUCUCCUCCCCCCAACCCCCAGCUCAGCGCCAUGGCCAGCCGGACUAUGCUCGCAGCGCGGUGUCCCACUGACGAGCUGUCGCUGACCAACUGUGCUGUGGUGAACGACAAGGACUUCCAGAAUGGCCAACACGUGAUAGUGAAAACCAGCCCCACGCACAAGUUUGUCUUCACAGUGAAGAGCCACAACACCGUGCUUUCAGGGAACAUUGCCUUCAGCCUGCCCCAGAGGAAGUGGGUGGGGCUGUCCAUUGGCCAGGAAGUGGAAGUGACGCCCUAUGACUUUGACAAGGCCAGGCAGUGUAUUGGGACGAUGACCAUCGAAAUUGACUUCCUGCAGAAGAAGAGUGUGGACUCCAACCCGUACGACACUGACCGCAUGGCGGCUGAGUUCAUCCAGCAGUUUAACUGCCAGGCCUUCUCCACAGGCCAGCAGCUUGUGUUCAGCUUCAACGACAAGCUGUUUGGGCUGGUGGUGAAGGGCCUCGAGGCCAUGGACCCCAGCAUCCUGAAAGGGGAGCAGGCGACCAGCAAGCGGCAGAAGAUUGAGCUGGGGCUGGCGAUUGCCAACUCCCAGGUGAUAUUUGAGAAAGCAGAGAGUUCCUCACUAGCUCUCAUCGGUAAAUCUAAGACCAAACAGGGACGUCAGUCUAUCAUUAACCCCGACUGGAAUUUUGAGAAGAUGGGCAUCGGCGGCCUGGACAGGGAGUUUUCCGACAUCUUCCGCAGGGCUUUCGCCUCGAGGGUGUUCCCCGUGGAGCUGGUGGAGCAGAUGGGCUGUAAGCACGUGAAGGGGAUCCUGCUGUACGGGCCGCCUGGCUGUGGAAAGACUCUGAUGGCGCGACAGAUCGGGAAGAUGCUGAACUCUCGCGAGCCCAAAGUGGUCAACGGGCCCGAGAUCCUCAACAAGUACGUGGGCGAAUCUGAGGCCAACAUCAGGAAACUGUUUGCGGACGCAGAAGAGGAGCAGAAGAGACUGGGGGCGAACAGCGGCCUUCACAUCAUCAUCUUCGAUGAGAUCGACGCCAUCUGCAAACAGAGAGGCACCAUGCAAGGCAGCACCGGCGUCCACGACACCGUGGUCAACCAGCUGCUCUCCAAGAUAGACGGCGUGGAGCAACUCAACAACAUCCUGGUCAUAGGAAUGACCAAUCGACCAGACCUGAUUGAUGAAGCCCUCCUGAGACCUGGGCGCCUGGAGGUCAAGAUGGAGAUCGGUCUCCCGGAUGAGAAUGGUCGGGUUCAGAUCCUGAACAUCCACACGGCCCGGAUGCGGGAGCACAAACUCCUGGGGGAUGACGUGGAUGUCCGUGAGUUGGCUGUGGAGACCAAGAACUUCAGUGGAGCCGAGCUGGAGGGGUUGGUGCGAGCUGCGCAGUCCACAGCCAUGAACCGGCACAUCAAGGCAGCCACCAAAGUGGAAGUGGACAUGGAGAGAGCAGAGAAACUGCAGGUGAUGAGGGGAGACUUCCUCAACUCCCUGGAGAACGACAUCAAGCCAGCAUUUGGCAUUAACCAGGAGGAUUACGACAGCUACAUCAUGAACGGGAUCAUCGUGUGGGGAGACCCGGUGACACGAGCCCUGGAUGACGGGGAGCUCCUAGUGCAGCAAACCAAGAACAGUGACCGGACUCCGCUAGUCAGCGUGCUGCUGGAAGGUCCUCCGAACAGCGGCAAGACGGCCUUGGCGGCGAAGAUUGCCGAGAAGUCUGGCUUCCCCUUCAUUAAGAUCUGCUCCCCCGAUAAGAUGAUCGGAUUCAGCGAGACUGCAAAAUGUCAGGCCAUCAAGAAGAUCUUCGAUGACGCUUAUAAGUCCCAACUCAGCUGCGUGGUGGUCGAUGACAUAGAACGACUCCUGGAUUACGUUCCCAUCGGCCCGCGCUUCUCCAACCUGGUUCUUCAGGCGCUGCUGGUGCUGCUGAAGAAAGCAUCUCCACACGGCCGCAAACUGCUGAUCAUUGGAACCUCGAGCCGCAAAGAUGUCCUGCAGGAGAUGGAAAUGAUGGACGUGUUCAGCACCAACAUCCACAUUCCAAACAUAACCACAGGGGAGCAGCUCAUCGAAGCCUUGGAGCUGCUGAGCAGGUUUGAUGACCGUGAACGAAGCAGGAUCUCACAGCACGUUAAAGGGAAGGCAGUGUGGAUUGGGAUCAAGAAACUGAUGAUGAUCAUUGAGAUGUCACUUCAGAUGGGUACUGAGCACCGUGUGGACAAGUUCCUAUUGCUCCUGAAAGAAGAGGGAAGUGCGCCUAGCACCCGGGAGGCUAUGUGGAACUGAAAGUGGAUGCGAGUGGCCCGUGGUCAGUGGUGUGAGCAGCAAAACCCAUGGAUGAAAAUUAACCCAACGCUUUACUUGACCGUUCGACAGAGAGGAAACCCAUCCCCGGUCUUCAGCAGAUACUUUGCAUGUUCCUUGGCAAACCCAACAUCUCGUCCGUAUCUUAAAUAAAGCACUGGCAUCAGCAUUCCUAGUUUUAUAAACUCUGUUUAAAGUUGAAAAUGUACUGGGAAUGUUUCAAAUCCAAGAAUUGCUCCAACCAUUUAUUGUGAAUAUCUGUCUAGACAUUUUCGCAAUUUCCUCUCUUCUUUCCCCCCCCUCCCCCGCUCCUAAAGAAAAAGCAUGUAAUAAUUAAUUGGGCCAUAUUGUGCGUGUGGUGUGUUUGUGUGUUUGCGUGCGUGUUUGUGUAUAUGGAUUGAAGUCAGUGGGGAGUUGGUAGCUUAACAGCAAUGCAAUGGGGAUCUGCUACCUGCAUUCUAUUGGGUUGGUUAUGGUGCAAAGUGGUCCAACUGCACUUUGGUGGACAGAUCUGCACCCACCAGAGUUGUCAACUCGGGCACUUGGUGUCUUGCCUCCUGGAAGCUCUGGGUGUCUGGAAUCAGCAAUGAUGGGAUGGGAGUCUUGGUCAAUUCCUAGCAGGGAAGAGCCUUGCUGGACCUCAAUUUCAUAACUGCUCUUCACCUUUCAUGUCCAUCAAGUGAAAAAUAUUAUUUCGUUCAAUUGGUGCAGUUAAUGCAUCAGCACUUGCUGCUCAUCAAACCUCCUGUUAACUUCCUCCAGCUCCCAGCCUGAACAUCCAGUGUUCUUGGAGCCUGUUGUGCCCACUUCCCUUCCUGAGGAUUGAUGGCUCCUGUGUUAUCCCAAGAGGCUUUCUUAGCAUCUCUUAUAGAUUGCACCUGUCAGUCAAUCAGUCAGUCAGUCAUUAAUCUCCUCAGCCUGUGUUUGGUGGAAUAGAGGUGAGUGUUUGGGAGAUGGUAGAAGUGGGGGAGGAAGCUGGUGUGUGUCAAUGCUCUUCCACAAUGUUGGAUGCAGCCAAUUUUGAUCUUCCUGUUGUGUUCCUAUGGCUGCCCCUCUCUGUGUCUGCGCAAUCAUUGUUAUUAUUUAAGAAAAUGUAAUGUGUUUGAUACCGAACCUUCUGCACUCACAUCUCUCAACCUGAAAAGUUCUUGUGUAUUGAAUGUUUACAUGUGCUCCCCUACCCCAUCGCAGGGCUGGUCUGAAUGGUAUUUUAUUCUUUUCUGCUGGAUGUCCAGACUGUUUAAUAAAAGCCACACAUUAUAUCCUGUUAUUUGUCACGACAAGAUAAUCUUCCCGAAACAUUGUCCGUUCAUUUAAUGGCUAUUUGUGGGUUUUGCUGUGUGUAAAGUUGCCUCCAGUCACUGCACUGGGAAAGCAAUUAUCUGUGAAGUGUUUUAAGAUGUUUCAGUGUUGUUGCUGCUAUGAUCAGCUGAGAUUAUUAUUAUUAUUAUCAAUGAUAAUAAAUUAAAACAAUGUCAUGAUGCACAAAUUUAGUUAUCAGAACAUUGGAUUAUGUUUAAUAUCCUCAGAUAUUAUAAAUGUAAAGUCACUUUAAUUGUGUGACAUACUUGAUCUCACCUCAUGCUCCCUACCCUCACUGUCUGGGCGGCUGUCAUUCAAUGCUCUGUCUAGAGGCAGACACAAUGGCUGCGGAGUGAGUGAAGCAAACCCUCACCUCCUCCCACCAGCCCAUUUGCACCCAACUUCCCAAGGAAUAUUGAUUGCCAGGAACUCUGCACAUUACUUUGCAGGGCCUUAAGAAAGGCUACGGUGUGUGUUCAAAUGGGAUUGCUGGAGCUCCAAUGCUGCAUGCACUGAGCUCUCUCCUCCUUACUCUACACUGCUGUGGCCAGGCAGGUCAUCCAAUACCACAGUGAUCAACAUUGCAGAACGUUAACUAAACUUUCCCCAAACUAGUUUGCCUGAUUUUAGUUGAAGGACGAAUGUUGAAGAAUGGCUAUUAGUUGUGUAAAGUGACUGUGAAAGGGACUGGACCAGUAAGUUAUUAUAAAUUCCUAGUCGUUUGUUUUAACUGUAGGAUAUUGUCUGUCUAAUGGCGAGAUAUGUGAAGAUGUCCCCAAACCAAAAUCCAAAAUGCAGACGUCAGCUAAUUAAUGUUCUGGUGGCUUUUUUGGGAAACGCGAUCUAUUUUCAGUGCUGUAUUUAUUUGUGUGCCGUCAACACUUAGUGUGUAAGUAUUGAGAAAAAAAAGCUUUUCGCAUUGGCUUUAUUGUACUGUACGUAGUUGAGACCAAUUUGUGAUCUUCAGUGAAAAGCAACGGCCCAAAUUACCCGAUUACGCUCUGUUCUAUUCGUAAGAUGAUUUGCUACCCGAUGUCUGAGGUUGUACUCUGUUCUCCCUGUGAGGUGUAAAUCUUUUUACAGUGUAAAUGUGCUGUUAUUUGGAGCUGUUAUAACCUGUAGAGUACAACGCAGCUGUAAUAAUGCAAUAAAGAUUCAAACGAGA